AUUCAAUCGGAAGAAUCUUCUUCAGUUGGUUCAAUCUUUGAAGAAAUCCGUUGACGAGCAUAAGGUGAAGGAUCCAUCAAAGAUGCCGCUUCGCAACCAGAAUCGCGCUCCUUUGCCUAGUCCAAACGUCAAAAAGGAAGCUCUUUCAAGAAGGAAAGCGGAAACACAAGUUACCGGAAGAAGACAAGUGCUUUCGACAGUGAACAGACAAGAUGUUACGGCGAACAGCGAUGUGGGCAGCACAGAGGAGUGUGGUAAAGUUGAAUUUACAAAAGAUGAAGUCUUGGCUUUGCUUAACGAGAGAGCUAAAGCUGGAAAAUUUGAUACCAAGGGUAAGAUUGAGCAAAUGACGGAUAUUAUCAAGAAGCUUAAGGUUUGUGUUAGAUGGUUCCAACAAGUGGACGAAACUCAUGUUCAGGAGAAGGAAAAUCUUUGUUCUUCUCUUGAAUCUGCAGAGAAAAGAUAUAAUGAUAAAGAGUUGGAUGCAAAGACCAAAGAGGAAGUGCUACAAGCAACUAUAGCAGAGAUGAAGGAGAAAAUAGCGUCACUUCAGGAAAAGUUGUCCAAGGAGGAGUUGAGUAAAUUGGAAGCAAUUGAAAAUCACCGAAGAGAAAAAGAAUUUAGAGUUGCAGCUGAGAAGCUUCAGGAUUCUCUCAGAGAAGAGCUGGACAAAGUUAAAGAAGAGAAAAUGGCUGCGAAGCAGAAGGUAACAUCCCUUGAAGAUAUGUACAAAAGGUUGCAAGAGUACAACACAAGUUUGCAACAAUAUAAUACCAAACUCCAGACUGAUCUUGAAGCAGUUCGAGAGGCACACACUCGUGCUGAGAAAGAAAAGUCAAGUAUACUGGAGAACCUUACUACACUAAGAGGUCACAGUAAAUCACUACAAGAUCAAUUAGCAUCUAGCCGGGUUUCACAAGAUGAAGCGGUAAAACAAAAAGAGUUAUUGCUGAUGGAAGUCAAUAACCUUCGGAGCGAGCUCCAACAAGUCCGUGAUGAUCGUGAUCGCCAUGUUGUACAGUCGCAAAAGCUGGCUGAUGAGAUACUGAUGUAUAAGGAGAGUGUUGGAAAGUCAUCGCAUGAGUUGGACAUUCUGAUAGCUAAGUCAGGAUCUUUGGAGGAAACAUGUUCGUUGCAAAAGGAGCGUAUAAAAAUGUUGGAGCAGGAAUUAGCUUUUGCUAAGGAAAAGCUUAAGAUGGUAGAUGCAUCUAUGUCUCAUACUAUGACAGAGUUUGAGGAGCAGAAACAACAUGUGCAUGAACUGCAAGAUCGCCUUGCAGACACGGAGCGUCAACUUUAUGAAGGAGAGUUGUUACGGAAGAAGCUUCAUAACACCAUUCUUGAACUCAAAGGAAACAUACGCGUGUUCUGCCGAGUGCGCCCAUUGCUACCAGAUGAUGGAGGACGCCAAGAGGCCAGCGUUAUUGCCUAUCCUACAUCAACUGAAUCUCUUGGUAGAGGCAUUGAUAUUGUCCAAAGUGGUAACAAGCAUCCUUUCACCUUCGACAAGGUCUUCGACCAUGGAGCUUCUCAGGAGGAAGUAUUCUUUGAAAUAUCUCAACUUGUGCAGAGCGCAUUAGAUGGCUACAAGGUUUGUAUUUUUGCCUACGGUCAGACAGGUUCUGGCAAAACCUACACAAUGAUGGGCAGGCCUGAAACACCAGAACAGAAAGGACUGAUCCCUCGAUCACUUGAACAAAUAUUCAAAACCAGCCAAAGUCUUAGUACACAAGGCUGGAAAUACAAGAUGCAGGUAUCAAUGUUGGAGAUAUAUAAUGAGUCCAUUAGGGACUUGCUGUCUACAAACCGAACAAUUGCUAUAGAAUCUGUGCGAGCAGACAGUAGCACCUCUGGAAGACAAUAUACAAUCACACAUGAUGUUAAUGGAAACACUCAUGUUAGUGACCUGACAAUAGUAGAUGUAUGCAGCAUUGGACAAAUUUCCUCAUUAUUGCAACAGGCUGCCCAGAGCAGGUCUGUUGGUAAGACCCAUAUGAAUGAACAAUCAUCAAGAAGUCAUUUCGUGUUUACUCUUAGGAUUUCUGGUGUGAAUGAGAGCACUGAACAACAAGUACAAGGUGUUCUUAACCUAAUUGAUCUUGCUGGAAGUGAGCGACUUUCAAGAAGCGGGGCAACCGGAGACCGAUUAAAGGAGACACAGGCUAUAAACAAAAGUUUGUCUGCUUUGAGUGAUGUGAUAUUUGCAUUGGCAAAGAAAGAGGAUCAUGUCCCUUUCAGAAACUCAAAGUUAACAUAUCUACUCCAGCCAUGUUUAGGAGGGGACUCAAAGACCUUAAUGUUUGUGAACAUAUCACCUGAUCCAUCUUCAACUGGAGAGUCUCUAUGCUCUCUUCGGUUUGCUGCUAGAGUGAAUGCAUGUGAGAUUGGAAUACCUCGCAGACAAACUUCCGCUAAACUUCUAGACUCUCGCCUAAGUUACGGUUAAACCUGGUGGUUCGAGUCCCUCUUUCAUCUGUAUAACAACAACAACAACAAUUGUUUUAGAGGUUUGUAAUUUCUGAUUGUGGUUUUGACAUAUAUUUUUCUGUACCAAGCUCGAUCGUUCAUAUGAAUCGGGUAUUUUAUGUGCUCUAUAUCUGAUUGUUUGAGGAACUUGCUGUCUUGGCAAUGUUGUGUGAGGAAAUCUCAAAAUCUCCCUGAUUGUGGUUUCUAGAGCUGUAGCGGUUAUGUAACUGUAUUUUAGGACAUAACUAAAUAAGUUCUUGCUUG